CUACGGUCGCUUCAAAAUGGCAACUCCUGAGAAAGACGAGGAUGUGGUUCCUGAUGGUGGAGGAGAAGAGGAGGUGGUUCCUGAUGGUGGAGGAGGAGAGGAGGCUGUGGUUCCUGAGGAAGAACCAGAGGACCGAGUGAAGAGCAUACAGUCCCACUAUCUCCGCUGUCCGUCUCCCAGCAGACUCUCCACAGCGUCCGACCGCUUCUCCACCAUGACGGACAGGUUCUCCAUGAUCUCAGGCUUCUCCAACUCUGAGAGUAUCUUCAUGGAACCCAUCCACCUUUCCUCCGCAAUAGCGGCCAAGAAAAUCAUCAACGAGGAGUUGCCCAGAAGGGAAGUGAAGAUCACCCCUGUUCCUGAGUCCAUGCUGGAGAGUGCAGAGCAGCUCAUGGUGGAGGAUUUGUACAACCGCGUGAAGGACAUGAUUGACGACCGCAGUCCGUACAAUACGCCCUGCGUGCUGGACAUCCAGAGGGCGAUGGUCAAGGAUCACCUGGAGGCCCCCUUCAACCCCGUGGACGAGGUCUGGCCCAACGUCUUCAUCGGAGAAAAGUCUGUGGCGGUGAAUAAAGGGCGUCUGAAGCGCAUGGGCAUCACACACAUCCUGAACGCAGGUCACGGGACGGGCGUCUACACAGGACAGGCAUUCUAUUCCGGAAUGGACAUCACCUAUAUGGGCAUUGAGGUGGACGACUUCGCCACUGCGGACAUCUCACCUCACUUCCGCUCCGCAGCAGAGUUUCUGGAUGAAGCUUUGCUCACACAUAGGGGUAAAGUAUUGGUGGACUCCAUGAUGGGAGUGAGCCGCUCAGCAGUUCUUGUAGCUGCCUACCUCAUGAUCUUCCAAGAUAUGACCAUCAUGGACGCUCUGAUGGAAAUCAGAAAGAAACGUGCCAUUAACCCCAACGAGGGCUUCAUCAAACAGCUACGUGAACUGAAUGAAAACCUGCAAGAGGAGCGUGACGACGAGGACAACGAAACACUAAGUCAGUGCUCGGUCAUUGACACUCUUGCCCAGAUGGAUGAGGAAGAGAGUCUCAUGGGAGUCAAGGCUCACUCCAUCAUGAUGGAGGAAGAGGGAGAUUGUGCCAGCGUGAUGAGCAGCGUGGCGUCGUCGGCUGCGGCAGCAGUGCUAAGAGCCGGCAUCCAGCCGGGUCCCAACGGAGGAGACACAAGGAGUCCAUCCGAUGAUCUGGAUCUGCCAGGCAAAGAAGGAGAGGAGGAGGAUGAUGACGACAUCAACUCCGUGAUCCGGGAGUGGCAGCGGCGCAACGAGAAGUACCAGAACGAGGACUGGUGGGACGCGCAGUUGAUGAGCGAGUGUGGAGAUGACGAGGAGUCUGUCCAAGGUGAACGGAAGCUUCGGCUUAAGCCAGAGGACCUCGACAGCGUGACCAGCGAGGACGUCCGCGCCAUGAAGGAAAUGCUGAAGAAACGCCGAGACUUCGACACCGUGUCCUCCGUGUCCUCUAAGUCCAGCUGCAGCAGCUUCUCGGACCUUUGGAAGCAGCGCUUGAGAGAAAUCGAGGAGCAGGCCGCCAGUCGAUACAAAGCCAAAGAGAACGAGGAAUCUGAAGGAGAAACAGACGGAGAAAACGGUUCAAAGAACAGCAGAAAGAAAAUCGACGAUGAGCUGGAGAGCUUGAUGUCAGACUCCGGCUCCAUGUAUAACUUUUGCAAGAAAAAUAAAGACUUGUCGGUCUUGGAGCGCUGGAAGGUUAAGCGUAUUCAUUACGGCUGGAAUAAGAAGGAAGCAGGAAGUGACGCAGGAAGUGUGAUCAGUGGUGGGGGGCAAGGAGAGGAGGACAGGGAAACACCAACGCCCUCCCUUGAGGACGUUAACUUGACCGCCUACCAAACCUGGAAGUUGAAGCAGCAGAAGAAGUACGGCGGCGAAGAGAACAAGACGGAGCUCCUGGACAUUUGUCGCGGCGCGGACUCGGCCACGGCCAAGCGUAGGCAGCGACGGGAGGAGCUUCUGGAGCGCUCACGGAAGACGCUGGAGGAGAGCCAGUCGGUGUGUGGCUGGGACGACGCGGCGUCCGCCAGUAGCAGCAUUCCGCUGUCUGCCUUCUGUGCUGGAGCGUUCCCUGCUGCUAGUGUUGCCGCCGACGACAGCGUUUCCAUGCUCAGCGGAAGAUCGCGGCAAUCUCAGGCACGCAGCGUGCACUCUCAACCACCUGCCCCGCCACCACAGCUUCCCCCCAUGCCUCCCUUACAGACCCCAGAUGGGGAACCCAUGGUGAACCUUGCCAGCAUCCAGAACUGGAUCUCCAAUGUUGUGGUUGAGACUCUAAUGCAGAAACAAGGGGAGUUGGAUGGCAGUGUCCUUGGCUCGGUUCUUGGCUCACUGGGGGGGAUGUCACAGCUCGGCUCAGUGGGGGCAAGGUCACAGCUCGGCUCAGUGCGAGGACUCGAUGAUGACAAGGCAUCAAUGCUGAGCGGAGCAUCCGGCUCAAGUUAUCAGUCUCGCUAUCGGGCAGAGUCUGUGAUCUCUGCAGGAGGAACGUCCAGGCCUUUGUCAGAGUAUUCGAGUCUUUCUGGCAGGAAGAAAGUCACCACAACCAGUGUGCCCUUGUACAGUCUCUUCCAGGACGAGGUCAACUUGAACAAGCUGGACUCCAUGGACAAGGAGAUGAAGUUGGAGAUGAGAGACAAGAUGGCGACUUAUGAGAGGAAGAAGAUAACAGAGGACAAUAAACGCAGCACCCUGUACAAAAAGAAGAAGCCAAAAGACGAAGACGAAGACGAGGAGCAGGGAGAGGCGGACACUUUUGGCAUCACAUCGGGUAGAUACAGUUCUCCUACUGUCGCUCCUACUUCGACUCGCCCGAAAAUAAAGCGGGAUUAUGGACGUUCCGGAUGCCUCAACCUCUCUGGAAUAUCAAAAGACGCCACAUGCAGUAUUGACGAAUGGUUAAAAAACGUAAGACCGCCUUCGAGGAGGCCGGAGCCUGUAGAUGAAGAUGAGCCCACAGGGUCCUCAGACGCAACUGACUACUCCAGAAAUGGAUUUGCUCACACCAGCGAUGACGAGGAGGUUGAGCACAGCGCUUCUAGGUACCGCGCUACCUCAGAUUACACCAGAAAUGGAUUCUCUCAAACCAGGGAGGAUAAGGAGGAGGAAGUUGAGUACAGUGCUUCUAGGUAUCGUGCUACCUCUGACUACUCCAGAAAUGAAUUCUCUCAAAGCAGGGAGGAGGAGGAGGAGGAGGUGGAGUACAGUGCUUCUAGGUAUCGUGCUACCUCUGACUACUCAGAGAGUUUCAGGCAGAGUGCAACCUCACAACAGCAAUACCAAUCAAGGAGGGAGACUGAAGGAAGAGACACAAGCAGAGAUGAUGAUGAUGAGGAGGAUGUGAAUGCCUACAUUAGUCAAAUUCGGCAACGAUGUCGUGAAAGAGCGCAAAGAGAGUUAGAGGAGAAAGAGGAUGAGGUUCUUGCUGCAUGGAGGACCCAGGAGGAGUUGAAGUCAGCAUCGCACAAGUGAAGGCAAGGGAACUCGUAAUCCCUCCAGUGAGGUCUGUCCAAGGAGUGUCCUUCUACAGGCUCACGUUCAGAGCUAACUUUAUAGGAAGAGAUACAUCUCAAUCGGUGUAAAUUCUUUGGAUACUCCACAACAAAUUCACAUAUGCUACCCCAACUGAGGAAGUACAAAGCAUGAAUGCAUAGCUGGAAUCAUAUUGGAUAAAACAACAAGGGAUUGCAUCCCACCUCAAACAGAGGCUCUCCUGAGGAGGUGAAUGAACAUGAGAAUUUGCAGAUGAUCAGAUCUGGAAAAACAAUCUACAAGCUAUUACCGACAGUAAACUCCGUAAUAACAGACCCAGCUACUGUACUUCACUCCUCUGAACUGUCCCAAGGAAGUAAUCCUAAUAACUAACUUCAGUAUAUCCAUCCAUUCGUACAGCAUCACUUCAUCAAAACUUUUGGAGAACUUAGUUUCCUCUUCAUGACUAUUGCAUAGUCUUCACUUCAGGAUAUGCAAAUGGUGUCAUUAAUAGUUUAUGGUUAUAAUAUUUUUCAAACGCUUUAUCCAUAACAGCACAUAAGUAAAAAAAAAUAACAGUUUAAAAACAGUUUAUUGCAGCACAUUUAAAUAUAUAAUUGUAAUGUAUGUGUAUUAAACAUUUGUGAAAUCUUUUAACUUAUGCUUCUUAUUUGCAUUUCAUUUUCACAGUUGAGAGUACGGUAUUAGCCUGUAAGCUCGACUAUCACAACUCACAGCUCAAGUUGCCUAGAUUUGAAGGGGAGGAGAAACGUGUUUACAGAUUUGUCAUUUUCUGAAAAUCUUUCAGUCAAUCACAUUUGAAAAUCCUCCCUCAAGACCCCCUAAGCAUUGUUAAAAUAUUGUCCAGUGGGAUUUAGGAGGAAUCUUUGAGUUAAUCAUAGCAUUUGUCCAUUUUUCCCAUGGAAGUUAAAGACAGAAGAU